UUUUUCUUCUGUUGUCUCUUCUAGGUUUGCUGGGAUGGGAAACCUUCUCAAGGUCCUUACCAGGGAAAUUGAAAACUACCCUCACUUUUUCCUGGAUUUUGAAAACGCCCAGCCCACAGAAGGAGAGAGGGAAAUAUGGAACCAGAUCAGCGCCGUGCUCCAGGAUUCCGAAAGCAUCCUUGCAGAGCUGCAGGCUUACAAGGGAGCCGGGCCAGAGAUCCGAGAUGCCAUUCAAAACCCCAAUGACAUCCAGCUUCAGGAAAAAGCUUGGAAUGCAGUGUGUCCUCUGGUGGUGAGGCUGAAGAGGUUCUAUGAAUUUUCCAUAAGGCUAGAGAAAGCUCUUCAGAGCUUAUUAGAAUCCCUGACAUGUCCGCCCUACACACCGACCCAGCACCUGGAGCGGGAGCAGGCCUUGGCUAAGGAGUUUGCAGAGAUCCUUCAUUUCACCCUGCGCUUCGAUGAGCUAAAGAUGAGGAACCCAGCUAUUCAGAAUGACUUCAGCUACUACCGAAGGACCAUCAGCCGCAAUCGAAUCAACAACAUGCACCUAGACAUCGAGAAUGAAGUCAAUAACGAGAUGGCCAACCGGAUGUCCUUAUUCUACGCAGAAGCCACCCCAAUGCUGAAAACACUCAGCAACGCCACCAUGCACUUUGUCUCCGAAAACAAAACCUUGCCCAUAGAGAACACCACAGAUUGCCUCAGCACGAUGACAAGCGUGUGUAAAGUCAUGCUGGAAACGCCGGAGUACAGGAGUAGGUUUACGAGUGAGGAGACACUCAUGUUCUGCAUGAGGGUCAUGGUGGGCGUCAUCAUCCUCUAUGACCACGUCCACCCCGUGGGAGCUUUCUGCAAGACUUCCAAGAUUGAUAUGAAAGGCUGCAUAAAGGUGUUGAAAGAACAGGCCCCUGACAGUGUGGAGGGGCUGCUGAACGCCCUCAGGUUCACUACGAAGCAUUUGAAUGACGAAUCAACUUCCAAACAGAUUCGAGCAAUGCUCCAGUAGGGAGCGGUUCAAAGAAGAGGAUCUGUGUACUGACCUCAGAAGAUGUAUAUGUUUACAUAAUUUAAUACAGAUUGAUGUUAAUACUUGUGUAUUUACAUAACCGUUUCCUUCUUGUCACUGAACUGUAUGGACCUUAAUUUGUAUCCUAACUGACUCAACCCAGCAGAGCAGAGAUUGACUUGAGAGCCUUACCUUUGGAUAUCUAAAACACCCUCCCCCUUUCCAAAAGCACACUUUGCAGACUUUGAUUUUUUUUUUUUUUUUUUUUUUGCUACUGGAGUCCCCUAACCACACCAGUAACCAUCAGAAAUUCCUAAUCGUUUGUGGUAGUAUUUUAAUUCUAGAUGUGUAACCUCUCUGGGAUGUUUAGUUACAGAAACACAAAGCAUUUGACUUCCUAUGAAAACACAGCUAUCAAAUACACAGAUGUUCUCCUGACACAGAGAGAGGAGUUCCUGGGAGAAGACUGCAUUGCAGAGAUAGACAGACGCACACCCAAGUGCUUUGGGUUCAAAUUCCUCAGACUGCAAAAAAACACAGGGAGUCUUUUCCAUGUUGAAUUUACAUAGGUAUCAUUUCUCAGCAUAUUUAUUCCCCUAUGACGCAAUCUUUUGUCCCUGUAAUAUGCCCUUCUGGUUUUGCAAGAGGGGAAUCCCCUGUGUUUGAACCGUGUUAGUGGGAGAGAAGUGAGAUUAGAUAGACAUGCUAGCUGGGUUGAUGGAGCUGGGGAGGGGACAGGUGUGGAAAAGAGGCUUUCAGACAAUGGAGCAGCAGUCUGUCUGCCUCAGCCCUGUGUCUACAAGGGUGGGGAGGGGGAACUCUGACUUUGAAAUUGUGAGUGGACUUGCUGACACUCAGAGUCCGGUCUUCUGUGGGCCAUCACGUGGAAACAGGACACUGUUAUUUACUAGAAACUGCAAGUAUUUGGAGAGGAAAUUAGCUACAUCUUCCAGUUACUUGAUAUUUUAAAGGAAGCUUCUCUUUGAUUGCACUACUGACUUGCUAAAGUGUGCAAAGUUUUGGUCUAAAUUUAGUUCUGAAUUUACAGUGGUCGUGGGAAGUUCUCCUAAGUGUACCCUCAUCUGAAAAUGGGCAUUAAAACAGACAUCCUCUAAGAACCCUAGAAGUCAAUGAGCCGACCUAGUGACUACUCUCACAGUCUCCCCUAGGAAGCAGACUCUACUUGUGUUAAUGACUAAUGGCCUGACAUGACUUUGAGGCAUUCUGUCUGCAGGAUGGAGCCCAGAAUGGGAGACUGGGAAUCCUCUUUUCUGAUCUUCAGUGAAAAAACUUAGACAACGUGGCCUAUGCAUCUAUGCGCAUUCUGGCCUGUACAGGCACACGCCUGUUUCUGAUAGAAGGAAAGAGUUCGCUGGUGAGUGAUAAUUCUAGUUGGGUCUGGUUGUAUCAGGACUUGGUGUCAUUCACAAGGAGUGAGCUGUCACAUCCUUUUGCUCUCCAGAUCUCCAUAGCUGGCUGGGAUUCCCUGAAAUCCUCAAAAAAAAAAAAAAGGGGGGGGGGAGAUGCUUUUCUUUUAUCUUUAACAAAGAAAUCCAGUUAAGUGACAAGAACAGAUUCCCUGGACUUUAUCUAAAUGACAGGGAACGAGGAGAGGAAGGACCUUUUUCCUUAGAGUUUAGAGCUGAAAGCACAGCUGCUUGGAUGGCAUUCUCCUAUCAGGACAGAAAUGCACUCGGUGACUUGUAAGACCUUUCAGACCCAAGGACUGUAAAACCUGGUAGGGUUUCAGGAAAGGGGGAACACUGGGUGACUAACUCCAUUCCACAUAAAGCUGAAGGGACACCCUUCUACGGGCACCCUCCUGUUCUUCUCGGGCAACAACUUAAGAUUACAAAUAGGGGCUCUCACUCAGUGCUUAUGGUCAUUUAGUUCAGUUAUCUUCUUCACCAGGGCAAUGGGGAUAAGUCCUGGGGGAAGGAGAGGAUUUUCAGAGUAAGUACCUUUAUUGUUUUUUCUCUGGAAUUUCAAUCCCAUGGGACCAAACAGAUGAGAGAGGCAGCCAGCCUGCCUCUAUUUAGCCAGAACACAAGGUUUCAAGGCCAGGCCAAUCCAUGGACUCUUAAAAGAUGCCCGAGCCCUGAACCGUUGCCUCUGAUUCUCUGGAGGUCAAGGUUAGCUGAUUGUCUGUGAUCACUCACUGGUAAAGGACCGUGGGUUCACGCCAGAGCUGUUGUGGGAGACAAAUUCUUUUAACAGACUGGGCAUCAGAAGUCUGGUUUAAACCAGAGUGUGUGUGUGUGCGCGCGCGUGUGCGUGUGUGUGUGUGUGUUGCAUGCACAUGUGUCCAAGACUCUUGGGUGCUUUAGGGGGAAGUGCUAGCAACUGUAUCCGGGUCAAUGUUAACUCUAUUUCCUAUGUGAUGUCUCCUAGGCUUCAAAUAAAGUGUCUUCCAUUGCUCAUUUAUUUAUUAGGGGGCAAAUCACACUGCUUAGAUGCACUGGACUUUAGCGUUGUAACUGCAUUCUCAGCACUGUCUCCUGCGCUGCUGGGAAUCACUAGUAUAAAUCAGUGGCAAUGAAUGUUUUGCACUGUAGUAACCCUUCUGGGCUGGAGUCUUCAGCAGCAGCCAGAAAAGAAAGUCUUGGAUGUUAUGUUUUUAGUUAUCUGUUAAUACCCUGCACCAUCAACACUUUAUCCUAAUCAUCACCAUUCUAUAAAGAUACUAAUGAUAAUUUGAGGUGUUUAGUUUUUAAAUUUUUUGGUAUCACCACAUUCAAGUAAAAAUAAUUUCAUGACUCUUCAAAAGUGGAAGACUUAAUGUUAGGGUCUAGUUGUGCAGUAGAAUUCAGAGACCUCAUUUAAUCUUGUAGCCUGCACAGCUAUGAAGAUUUCCAAUUGGUAAUAAUAAUAUUUAAAAAAUUCCUCUGGAAUCCACUUUCCCUCCAUUUCUAAAGGCUACUGCAAAUCCAAUACUGUUUUAAAGUUGUCACACAUUGUUUGCUGAAGUCAUUUUUUUUUUUUUUUUUGCUUGCUUUGCCUCCUUUUGUACAGAAGUUUUGAGUGUGAAAUGAAAAUUAAAGUUUGGUACAUAUAUUUAAAGA